UUCAAAAAUAAUAGGAGUUUCCCUCCAUUUGCUCGUGAUUUACUCAUUUCCUCUCCUCAAAGCCCUAUAGAUAUCCACUAACCUGCUCUUAAAUGGGAUACCAGGAUCUUUAAGUUCCAAUAUCAUCUGUCAAUAAUUGUCAAUAUUGACUCGUCUUUUAGCUUCUUACAACUUCAGUAGUGUAAAUGUAAGUGCCCUUUACGACUGAAGUCUUACUACAAACUGAAGCUCUUGAUCGCUGGAUCAUAGAGGAAAUCGUUUCAAUAAGAUUCAGUUUUCAAAGAGUCAUGGAUGCUUUGUAAAAUGGCGUCUUUGUCGAGGGUAAAACGGAAAGAAGGAUACCUCGUAAAAAAGGGUCACGUUCGACAUAACUGGAAAACUAGGUGGUUUGUUCUCUACGAUGAACGACUUUGCUACUACAAGAAGAAAGGGGAUGUCGAUCCUGCAGGAUAUGUGCUAUUGCAGGGGUGUUUCAUUGUCAGUCCAUGUGCUGAAUACACCAAAAAAGAGAGUGUAUUUCGUCUGACCUCAAAGGAAGGCAUAGAAUACCUUAUCCAAGCUGUCAACGAUGAAGAACGAAAUAGCUGGGCAAAUUCUAUAGCUGAAGCUAUCAGGAAAAUAGAAGCCAGAGAUAGGAAAUUUCAAGUUGAAAAGGAGUCCAAUGCAUCGUCAAGCACAUUAUUUGAGAAAGAGCCUGUGCCUUAUGCAGGAUCUACUUCAGAGCUUCGGGAUAUCAUUGAUGCCAUGCAAGACCCUAACGCUGGUGUACCUCUUGACAAUCAUUCUUGUAAACCAGAAAAUAAAAUCUACAAACUCUGCUUUACAGGUUUGCAGCUGAUUGACUGGCUCCUUAAGUGGUGCUUCGUGCCUGACCGGGAACAAGGCGUGGCAUUAUGUAACAUCCUUCUUGAAGAAGCACAUCUUCAGCCUGUAGGAAUGACAAGCAAGAAUUCCUUCAAAAGAAAAAGACAGAAUCACAAGUGUGCAUUUGUUGAUGAAUCAGACGCUCUCUAUAGAUUUUCUGCACUUCACUUCAGUAACAACCAAGAUGUUCUUGACUUGGAUUCUUCUGAUGAAUCAAGUGACUCUGACGAAGAGAUGCGAGUAAUUCCGAGUGAUGUCAUCAAGGGGACGAUUGUUAAACAAGGAUUUCUGGAGAAGAAGGGUCACGUGCGACACAACUGGAAAACAAGAAAAUUCAUAUUAUGCACAGAUCCACCGAUACUUUACUACUGCAAGCCAUCCAAGGGAAAUCUUCCUGUGGGUCAACUGAAGUUAGACAAAUGUGAAAUAAAAUCUAUAUGUAAAGAUGAAGAGCUGUGUUCGUCUGAUUCCUUCAAGAAAUCCCAAAAGUAUCCCAUACUACUACGCACGCGCAAAGGAGUCAAGUAUGUUAUCAGAGCUGCAUCGGAGAUGGAUCAGCUAGACUGGAUAGAAAGCCUUCAGAGUGUUUGUGAAGACCCGCAAGAUCAGACAUAAUCAGAGCUUGGGCUACCUGUGCUGCGAGAGUUCUCCACCGCGAGCUGAAAAUAAGUUUAUUCGUUUCUGUUCCUUUUUAUCUCAGUCAGAAACGGAAGAUCUUUGGCCAAAUAUAGUUGCUAACGUUGUCUUUUUGUAUAUCAUAUUACAAUAAGAACUAGCUAAAACGAAAACUUGAUUUUCGGUUUUUCCGACUGGCCCUUUCCUUUUCAUUGUUUUUCUUUCUUCCUUCUGAGACGAAAAAGGAACGCAAUCUCUGGAAAAAGAACGAGUAUAAUUUAUAGAAAUGUGCAAAGAUUUAUUUCAUUGUCCCGUCAUGUUUACCCCACGGCCCGGUUGUACGAAAGGUGGAUAGCGCUAUCCAACGGAUAAAUUCUUAUCCGUUAUUUAGUGAAUAAGAUGUAUCCAUUGGAUAGCGUUAUCCACCCUGAUAAUCGAAGUCAGUGGAUCUCCACCAUAGUUAAUUGUUUCAAAAUAUGAAGAAAAAAAAAAAUCUUAUGGAGUUUGAAAUUUUAUUCUAGAGAUGCUACUAAAACGCAUGACCAUCACGUCGGAUGAUUUAACAAACGAAUUGAUAAUCAUUGUGUUAAAUUUAUCCAAUGUGGCGGAUAUAACUUCACGUGCAAGCAAAUUCUUAGUCCUAUUUCAAAAAGGUUGGAGAAGGUUUUGUCGCUUGCUGCUUACCAAGCUUGAAAUGCAUUAUCUUCAUACAGUCAAUGUCAUUAACGUUGUCCACCAAAAAAAGACAUUUACACAUUUACACAUUUAGACUAAAAGAAAUAUCACGUGUUUCCUUGAAGGUUCUAGCAUAAAACA